AUGUACAACGCGCAUCGUGGCAUAGCCGGCGCUCCGGCUCCACCAAACAACCGUCUUGUCGAGCUGCUCGAGCAAGUCCGCGCCGAGUUCGAGGCUCAGGGUGGACGUGCAAACGAGUAUGAACAUCAGCAUNAUGAGGAAGACAUCUCGCGUUUGCGCCGCGACCUUGAGGCUCGUGGAGGUCCCAGCCAGUCUUCGCACACCGGCCCUUCGCAACCCCCUCCACCUUCAAUUGGCCAUGGCCCUGCCAAUCUCUUCCAGGGUAUCAUGGCCGGCGCCACUGCUCAGGGUGGCCCGGGUUACGGCCCUGCUCCUCCCCAGCCUACAGCUUCUCCCGGUCCUGGUAAGCCCAGAACCAAUGCUCGCGGUCCUCCUGGCAUUCCCGGAACCCCUCAGCAGAACAACGCAAACCCUUACCCUGGUUCUCCCGCUAUGGCACGCCCCACUCCUCCUCCCGCUCUCGCGCAACAACAGCAGGCUCUCUCUCUGCCUCAGCACCAGCAAUAUACCCAAGAGCUCGGUGGUAGCGGCAACCAGCUGGUCGACUUGGCCGUUGAGACUCUUCCCAGCAACCUCAAGCGCGAGGGUGAGGACUGGUACGCUGUUUUCAACCCUCGUGUCCGUCGCACUCUGGAUGUUGAGCUCGUCCACAACUUGGCCCACCAGAGUGUAGUCUGCUGUGUUCGUUUCAGCCGUGAUGGAAGAUUUGUUGCUACUGGUUGCAACCGAUCUGCUCAGAUCUUCGACGUCGAGAGUGGCCAACAGGUCAAGCAUUUGCAGGACACCAGCUUGCCUCAGGAUGGCGACCUUUAUAUCAGAAGUGUCUGCUUCAGUCCUGAUGGUCAAUACUUGGCCACUGGUGCUGAAGACAAGAUCAUUCGCAUCUGGGAGAUUGCCGCUGGUCAGAUUCGUCACCAAUUCGCUGGCCACGAACAAGAUAUUUAUUCUCUGGACUACUCUUCUGAUGGUCGUUACAUCGCAUCAGGAUCUGGUGACCGUACCGUUCGUGUUUGGGAUAUUCCUAACAACCAGUGUGUUCUCUGCUUGACCAUCGAAGAUGGCGUCACCACCGUCGCCAUCUCACCCGACAACCGUUUCUUGGCCGCUGGCAGUUUGGACAAGAGUGUCAGAGUAUGGGAACUUGCGAGCGGAAACCUUCUCGAGAGACUCGAGGAGGCUGGUGGUAACCCUGGCCACAAGGACAGUGUAUACUCCGUCGCAUUCUCACCUGGCAGCAGAGAACUCGUCUCUGGCAGUCUGGAUCGCACCAUCAGAAUGUGGGAGCUUCAAAACCACUACCCUGGCAACCAAAACAUGCCACCAAGAAACCCUCGUGGAGGCAAGUGCAUUCGCACAUUUGAGGGUCACAAGGACUUUGUUCUCAGCGUCGCACUUUCACCGGAUGGUGAAUGGGUUCUGUCUGGAUCGAAAGAUAGGGGUGUUCAGUUCUGGAACCCUCAGACUGGUGAUGCCCAACUCAUGCUCCAAGGACACAAGAACUCGGUCAUUUCAGUCGCCCCCAGCCCUGUUCCAGGUGGUCUGUUCGCUACUGGAAGUGGAGACAUGCGUGCCAGAAUUUGGAGAUUCUCGAGAUACGACCCCGCUCGCGGUUGA